ACUGUGGCAUCAGCUGACUCUGAAACUGACAGACUUCGUUAAAGACCCCUGCUUCAAAUCAGGAGAUGGUCUCAUUCAGCUUUAUGAAAAUUUCAUCAAUGACUUCGAACACAGAAUCAAUCCUCUGUCCCUCGUGGAGAUUAUUCUGUUUGUUGCCAGACAGAUGACAGAUCCUAAAGAUGCCAUAACCUUUCUCGAGAAGACCAAGGAAAAGGUGAAAAGCAGCGACGAAGCCAUGAUUCUCUGCAAGACGUCCAUCGGCAAGCUCAAGCUGGAGAUCAACGAUCUUCCUGCCACAAAGAAACUCAUUGAAGAGGUCGAGGAAAUGUUGAAUAACUUGCCUGGGGUGACGUCCGUCCACGGACGGUUUUACGACCUCUCCAGCAAGUAUUAUCGCAUCAUCGGAAACCACGCCUCCUACUACAAGGAUGCCCUGCGCUACCUCGGAUGUGUGGACAUUAAAGACCUUCCAGAAACGGAGAAGCAGGAGAGGGCGUUCACGCUCGGACUGGCGGGACUCUUAGGAGAAGGAGUUUAUAACUUUGGCGAGCUGCUGAUGCAUCCUGUGCUGGAGUCUCUGAGGAACACAGACAAACAGUGGCUCAUUGACACACUUUAUGCCUUCAAUGGAGGCAACGUGGAGAAAUUCCAGGGCUUCAAAUCUGCCUGGGGCCAACAGCCCGACCUCGCAGCACAUGAAGCUAAACUGAUGCAGAAGAUCCAGCUGCUCUGUGUCAUGGAGAUGACCUUCACUCGUCCUGCGAACCACAGACAGCUGACGUUCACAGAGAUCGCUCAGAGCGCCAAAAUCCCCGUUAACGAGGUGGAGCUGUUGGUGAUGAAGGCUCUGUCCGUGGGUCUGAUUAAAGGGAACAUCGACGAGGUGGACCAGAAGGUGCAGAUGACCUGGGUGCAGCCCAGAGUCCUGGACCUGCAGCAGAUCAAAGGAAUGAAGGAGCGGCUGGACUCGUGGUGCGGAGACGUGAAGAACAUGGCCAUGUUGGUGGAGCAGCAGGCCCACGACAUCCUCACCUGAACCUUCAGUCAGCAGAGGAACCUUCAGCUGCUGCCACAGAUUUCUGUUUUCUAUCGUGUUUCUUUCUCCUGUUUCUGCUCGUUAACGACCUGGAAAUGACUCUUUGGUAUUUUACAAAUAAACAACUGGUUGUAUCGUCUUCACCACAUGGACUGAAAAUAUUCUCCAGAAAAGUAAUAAAAUAAAUCAUCAGUGCCA